AUGUGUCGAAACCCUUUGGACCAGCUCAUUUCCCUCUGGCAUUUCUUACUUCAUUGUCAAUGUUGCCAUGAAAAUGGUAUGUCACAACUUUCUUUAGAAGAAGGUUUCGAAUUGUUUUGUAACGGAGUUCAAAGUUUCGGGCCUUUUUGGGACCAUGUGUUGGAGUACUGGAAGGCGAGCUUGGCGAAUCCAAACAAGGUACUAUUCUUGAAAUAUGAGGAGUUGAAAAAUGAUGACAUUGUCAACUUUGAGCACCUGAAGAAGUUGGCUGAGUUCUUGGGAUACCCUUUUUCAGCAGAUGAAGAGAGAGAUGGUGUGAUAGAACAAGCUUCGAGGUUGUGUAGUUUUGAAAAUCUUAAAGAUGUGCUUGUUAACAAGACUGGCAAACACAAGUCAGGGGUUCAAAAUAGCUCCUAUUUUAGGGAAGGUAAAGUUGGUGAUUGGGCCAAUUUUCUAACUCCUUCCAUGGGAGAAUAUUUGAACAAUCUUGUGGAAGAGAAGCUGGCUCGCUCCGGCUUAACAUUCAGGCCAGGUCUUCUUGAUCAACUGGGAUCCCAUCCCGCGCAGAAGGGAUCACGUGCUCAUAUGGUGCAUCAAAAUGUUGUUGUUUCAGUACAUAACACGUAG